GGGGUGGGGGCUGCUCCCCGAGCCCUGACGUAGAAACUAAGCGGGGCUGCCCGCCCCGGCUUCUUAAGGAGCGCGGCGGCGGCGGCGGGCGCGGAGAGCGCCCUGCCCUGCCCGGCCCGCCCUGCACGCCGCAGCGCCGAGUAACACAAUGGAUCUUGGUAAAAGAGGGAGGAGAAUCCACUACAACAACAUGAGGCUCACCUGCUCUCUGCUAAUCAUGGGAGUGUUCUGUGUGACACCUUUCCUCUGCCAUAGCCAAAUUGAUCCACUGGCUCUUGGGCGAGCAGACCCCCAAUGCUGGGAAUCCUCCUCAGCUGUCUUACUGGAAAUGAGGAAGCCUCGUAUUUCUGACUCUGUCAGUGGCUUUUGGGACUUCAUGAUCUUCCUGAAAUCAUCAGAGAACUUGAAACAUGGGGCUCUGUUCUGGGACCUAGCUCAGCUCUUCUGGGAUAUCUAUGUGGACUGUGUGCUCUCCAGAACCCAUGGCCUAGGAAGAAGGCAGCUUGCAGAAGCUGAGCAGAAGAUCACUACUCUACAUUCCCAGUACACAAGGAGAAACCAAGGGACAUUUUCUCAUAUUCAGAGGUCACCAGUUCUGAAGAAGAAAGACAUGUUUGAAGAUUUAAUAAAUAUACACAUGAGUAAGAGUAGAUCUACAUUACUUGGAAGAAUCAUUGGAGAGCUAGGGAAAAAGAGGAAAUGACACAUUUACUUCAAGAUCUCAGUCUGUAGAUUUUUUUUGAACUGUUUCUCUUGGAUUUUUGCAUUUUAAUUCUCAGUGAUGUUAAUUUACAUAGUUGUAGCUAUUCUUCCACCAUGAGCACUGUAUUUCUGAUUAACUUUGUGUAUUAUUUUUUUUUUUACACUGCCUAUUAAUUUAGUCACCUUAAUAAACUGCAUGGUU